AUGGACAGCACCCGCGAACCGACUGGGCGCUUGGACGCCGCUGGUUUCUGGCAGGUCUGGCAGCGCUUUGACUCGGAAGAAAAAGGUUACAUAGAAGAGAAGGAGCUUGAUGCUUUCUUUUACCACAUGUUGCCGAAAUUUUGUACUGAUAUUUGGCACAAAUAUGAUGCUGACAGCAGUGGCUUUAUAUCAGCUGCUGAGCUUUGUAACUUCCUCCGAGACCUCUUCUGCCACCACAAAAAGGCCAUUUCUGAGGCUAAGCUGGAAGAAUAUACUGGCACCAUGAUGAAGAUCUUUGACAAAAAUAAUGAUGGCCGGUUGGAUCUUGAUGACUUGGCAAGGAUUCUGGCUCUUCAGGAAAACUUCCUUCUCCAAUUUAAAAUGGAUGCUUGUUUCACUGAAGAAAGAAAGAGGGACUUUGAGAAAAUCUUUGCUCACUAUGAUGUCAGUAAAACUGGAGCCCUAGAAGGCCCAGAAGUGGAUGGGUUUGUCAAAGACAUGCUGGAGCUUGUCCAGCCCAGCAUUAGCGGGGUGGACCUUGAUAAGUUCCGGGAGAUUCUUUUGCGUCACUGCGAUGUGAAUAAGGAUGGAAAAAUUCAGAAGUCUGAGCUGGCUUUGUGUCUUGGGCUGAAAAUCGACCCCUAA